UGCAGUAUGUUUUGAUUUUUGAGAUUUUACAAAUGUUUCGUGUAUAAAAUACGUCUGGUAUAAUUAAGCCGUAACGUGGAAUCGUUAAACUAAUAACAAUGGAACAAGAAAAUCGUGUUGUUGUGUUAAUUGAUAUGGACUGUUUUUAUUGCCAAGUUGAGGAGAAAUUGAACCCUGAACUAAAGGGACAACCUAUUGCCGUGGUACAAUACAACCCUUGGAAGGGUGGCGGCAUAAUUGCAGUGAACUAUGUGGCCAGGGCUCGCGGAGUCACUCGCCAUAUGCGCGGUCAAGAAGCGAAAGAAAAGUGUCCAGAAAUACAGCUACCUUCAGUACCAUGCAACAGAGGGAAGGCUAAUAUCUCCAAGUACAGAGAUGCAGGUAUAGAGGUGGCGAAAGUGCUGCAAACCUUCACUCCUCUCCUGGAGCGGGCCUCCAUUGAUGAAGCCUAUUUAGAUAUUACUGCACCUGUUAAAGAAAGGCUAAAAACUUUAAACAUAAGUACGAUCAACAGUGACAUGAUGCCAAACACGUUUGCCCUCGGCUACGACAGCAUUGAGCAGUUCAUAAGUGAUGUGCACAACUACGGCUGCGACUCUAUUGACUUUGACCAUGACCACGCCAAGAUGUUGCUCGUUGGAGCUGCGGUCGUUAGCGAAAUCAGGGCUGCUGUGUUCAGGGAAACAGGAUACACAUGUUCAGCUGGCAUUGCCCACAAUAAGAUUUUGGCCAAGCUGGUCUGCGGCAUGAACAAGCCCAAUAAACAGUCUGUGUUGCCCAAACACACCGUCAACAUUCUUUACAAAACUUUGCCAGUGAAAAAGGUGAAACAUUUGGGAGGAAAAUUUGGGCUCUCAGUCUGCAGUGCGCUGAAAAUCAACAAUAUGUAUGAGCUGCAAAAAUUCUCCGAAAAGGAACUGCAGGCAAAAUUCGACGAAAAAAAUGGGACAUGGCUUUACAAUAUAGCGCGCGGGAUCGACUUAGAGCCAGUGCAAGCAAAAUUCAACCCAAAGAGCAUAGGAUGCUGCAAAAACUUCAAAGGCAAAUCUGCUAUACUUGACUUGGAGAAUCUAACAAAAUGGCUAAAGGACUUAGGAGAUGAGAUAGAAGAUAGAUUAGAAAAGGACGCAGUGGACAACAACCGGGCGCCGAGGCAGAUGGUUGCCAGCUUUUCGACAUUGUUGCCGGAUGGGAGAGGCACUAGUAGUUCAAGGUCAUACAAUUUUGUGAACGAGGAAGAGUUGUGUGCUGAAUUCUUUUCGAAUAAAGCCUUGGAAUUAGUCAUGGAGAGUGUUGAGGGUGUGAAAGUUAAAGAAGAAGAACCAAAUAGAAAACUCAAAGCGGCGAUAACGUUUUUAGGCAUCAGUGUCGGUAAGUUUGAAGACCAUUCAGAGAAGAAAACCAAGAACAUAAUGGAUUUCUUCACGGCCGGCUCCUCUAAAGAUGCUACUACUACCAACAAACCCAGAGAAACGAGACCUGAUGAAUCAAAAGCUAAUGGUAAACGAAAGAAUGAUAAAGAGAAUAUGAUGCGUAGAUUCUUCAAGAUAAAUGAAAAUGAAGAGAAGUCCGUAAAGAAACUUGAAGAAACAAAUAUUGUACCAAAGGAAAGUGAUGAAUCCAGACCUGAAUCACCGAAAGAUAGAAGUACUGUUGCGACCAAAGCUGAUGAUACACAACGAAUACCUAAAAAUGAACGAAAAACUGACAGAGAUUACAUCAUGCAAAGAUUUUUGAAUGAUAAUGCUAAAUCCGAUUCUAAAUCAAACGAACCAAUCAUACAUAAAGCAGAAGAUAUAUUUAAGAAACAUGUAGAUAUUCAUGAAAUAAAACCACCAGAGACAAGUAGCUCCGGACUGGAAUCAACUUCAGAUAAACAAGAAUCGUUCUUUGCAAAGUUCUUGCUAAAGUCAGAUCCUGUUCGGCCUGCAACUCCUGUAUGCAACGUUAUCCCUUGCGGCGAAGACAGCAACGAUACACAUUGCUCCGGCUCAACUAUUGAAUUAGAAAUCAAUAGGAGCAUUGCAUUAUUUGACGACGACCCUGAGAAAACUAACCGCGUCAGCAGUAUGCGCGAACUGCUCAAUACUACUUCAAUAGCUGCUGCUGAAUUAGAAGAACCGGGUUCUGACAUAGAAUUAGAAGGUUCUCCUAACUUGAUACAUCCAGAACCAAUCCCUUCAACAGCUACCAACCACAGUAAUUCUCCGAAUGAAUUAGAGACGUUCCAAUGCUCAGAGUGCAUGAAACAGGUGCCUGUAAAUAUGUUUGAUACACACGCAGAUUAUCAUCUAGCUUUAAAGCUACGCGAUGAAGAGAGACAGCAAGUGCGAAAUGAGAGACUAAAGCCAAUUCCGAAAACUGUUGUAAAUAGUGAAGGUUCUACCAAAAAGAAACAAGUCGAAGUGAAGAACGAAUCUGUGUGUUCAAUAGCAAGUUUUCUGGUUAAAGUAGAUAAUAACGUACCUACAGAAAAAUGUGGAGAGUGUGGAAAGAGGGUACCGGUGGAAAAGUUGGCAGAACAUUUGGAUUUCCACGAGGCCCGGAAACUGAGUAGACAGUUGAACGCGAAACCUAGUCCCGUGGUACCGACCAGCAUUAAGCGUAAAAGGAGUUCUGGAUCACCGGUGAAGAAGCCGAAAAUGCCUUGCAAAUCUAUACAGUCUUUCUUUGGCUCGAAUAGGUGACACGUAUACUUACGUUAAGAGCUCACUUGUUA